CUUAAAACUGGUGCUGUCUAGACCAGACAGCUGGAACUCAUGCUCUGAGCCAGGGCCCUGCCUGGCACGGCUGUGGGGACACGGGGGAGGCAGGGCAGGUGCCAGGGCCAGCAGGGAGCUGGGAUGGGGAGAGCCUGGGAGGGCCAUUCCACCAGCCCCUGGAACGAUGGGCUUUGCACCAUGGCAACCGUCAACAGGCCAUGGAAUGUUGGAAUGCUGGGGUUUGGACCCUGGCAACAAUCGACAGCUCCUGGCUCAUUGGGGUUUGGACCCUGGAGCUGUCAACAGCUCGUGACCAUUGGGGCUCAGACCUCGCAAAGGCCGACGGCACCUUGCUUGUGUGCUAUUGACCUUGUGAAGGACAGCGAUAUUUGGAGAUUGGGGUUAGACCCUGCAAAGGCCAAGAGCCUUUGGAAAUUGGGGUUAGACCCUGCAAAGGCCAAGGGCCUUUGGAGAUUGGGGUUCAGACCCUGAAAAAGUCAACAACAUCUAGACAUUGGGGUUCAGACCCUGCAAAGGCCAAGGGCCUUUGGGCACUGGGGUUCAGACCCUGCAAAGGCCAAGGGCCUUUGGGCACUGGGGUUUAGACCCUGCAAAGGCCAAGAGCCUUUGGAGAUUGGGGCUGGACCCUGCAAAAGUCAACAACAUCUAGACAUUGAGGUUCAGACCCCGCAAAGGCCAAGGGCCUUUGGAGAUUGGGGUUCAGACCCUGAAAAAGUCAACAACAUCUAGACAUUGGGGUUUAGACCCUGCAAAAGUCAACGACCUUUGGACACGGAUCUGGUCAUUGUUCGUGCCAAAGGAGGAGAUGGACACCCGGCGGGGAGCUCGAGGCCUUUCUCACCGGGGACGCUCCUCCACAUCCCCUGAGGUGCUGUUAGAUGACAGUGACAGCAUGGGCAAUUCCAUCAUCUGCACUGACAGUCCUGGGAACAUGCCCUCAACUCCGGCAUCCACUGAUGAACAGCAUCCCUUGGAAUUGGUUCAGGAAGCCACAGAGAAUUGUGAGCGCUUGCAGCAGCAUUUUGAGAAAAUGGCAGAGAAAUGCCAGAGGCUCAGAAGCCGCCAGCAGCACAUAGAAUGUCUGCUAGAAGAAAUCAGAAGUGACUGUGCAAAUGUUGAGAAGUCCAAGGAAGUGCUGCAGCAAUGCAUUGGAAUCCCGGAGCCAGGAGCCUUGAGUCUGUGUCAGAACACUGAGCAGAGGAAGGAAGGUUCAGCCCAGGCAGAAAAGGCAGAGCAGGACAGCAUGGAGGAAGGUGAAUGUGAAAUGCACCAUGCAGAGAUGCUGAAGCAAUGGGAAACAGAGAAGGCAGAGAGAGAGCAGGAGCACCAGAAGGUGCUGUUUGAGAUGAGGCAGAAAGCUGCCACCCUGCCAACCCAACAAGAAGAGGAACAAACUAGAUUUGAAAAUGCCAGGCAAGAGGUGGGAGAGUUGACAUCUCAGCUGGCAGCCUCCCAAGAGUCCCAGGAAUCGAUCGUCCAGAGAGAGGAGCAAGAUGUGAGCUGGGCCCAGGAAGAGUCAAGGCAGAAGCUGUUGGACAUUGAAGACAUCCAGAAGAUGCUGGAGGAGGCAGAAAAUAAGAAUAAGAAGCUGCAAAUAUACCUGGAAAUCCUGGACAGGAAAUGGAAUCAAUGGGAAGAAGUGGCACUGCAAAAUUCCCAAUUGCAGGCUUCAGUGACCGUCCUAGAGAAGGAGAAAGCCAGGCUGAUUCUGGCUCUGGAGGAAAAGAACCUGUGCCUCAGAACCCUGGAGGAAAAGAACCUGGCCCUGAACAAUCAGGUGUCACAUUUUCGUUCUGCUCUUCAGGAGACUAAGCAGAUCCGUUCUGACCAUAAAAGAGAACUGCAGGAGCUCAACACCCAGACCUGGGCUCUGCUGGAGGCAGUGAUGGAGAAGGCAUCUCACCAGGAGACUCAACACAAGCAGCUGGAAACUGAGGUGUCUGAGCUGCAUGUGAGGCUCCAAAGCUCUGAGGAAAGAGCAGAGGCCAUGGCCACACAGUGUAAGGCCAUGGAUCUGGAGCUGAGGAAGAUGCAGGCUCAGAGAGACCAACUAAAUGCUCAAAAUCAGGAGCUGCAGAAACUGUUGGAGGAAAAUGAGCAAGCGAUAUGGAGGGAAGAACAGCAGAAGACCACUCUAGAAACUGCCCUGAAAGAAGAGGCUGAGACGCUUCGUCAGGAGGUGGCAUCUCUGCAGAGGAGAUUGGGGAGCCUGGAGAAGGAAAGGAAGGAUUUGCUGCGUGAACGGGAAUUGUACCAGCAGCAGCUGAGAGAGCUGGAAAAGAAGAAUGAGAUGCGUGCAGCUGAGAUGCAAAGUGGGAAUGGAGUAACCCAGGAGAGUGAAGGCAUGCAGGAAGAGUUGGAGCAUCAAUUUUAUGGGGUUCCUGCCACCUUGGAACAGAGAGGAAGAGGAGAACUCGAAGGGAGAGGGAACGCUCAAGUCCUGACUGCUGCACUGAUCAAGAGUGAAAAGGCCAAAGGGACAUUGAAGAAAGAUUUAGCAGUCCUACAGAGAAGGGCUCCUGACACUUGCACGGGCUGGUGUCUUCUCCAGGCUUCCCAGCAGCAAGAGUCAUUGAGCCGGGCUCUGGAGCAGCUGCGCCGGGAAUCCUCUGGCCAAGGGCACGCACUGGCCCAGGUGUGCAGAGAGAAGGAGCUGCUGGGCCAGGAGAAGGCUGCCCUUGAGGGCCGACUGGCAGCCAUGGAACAGCAGCAACAUGACCUUUCCAAGCAGCUGGCAGAGACCAGCUCAGCAAAGGAGAGCCUGGAAUCCAGCCUGUUUGCUGCUCAGCAGCAGAUAGCUCAGCUGGAGGAGACCAGGAACCAUCUGGAGGCUCAAAUGCUCACAGUCAUGCAGGCCAAGGAGGUGAUACAAGGAGAAGUGAAGUGCCUGCAACGUGAGCUGGAAGCAGAGAGAGCUCUCAGGAGGCAGGAACAGGAAGGCACAGCUCAGCAGCUCUUGCAGGCAGAGCAGCAGCAUCAAGAAAGCCUCAGGCUGCAGAAAGCUGCUCAGCAACUGGAACUAAACAAGCUCCUGCAAGACCUGGCAAGUGAGCGUGAAAGGCACCAUGCAGAGAUGCUGAAGCAAUGGGAAACAGAGAAGGCAGAGAGAGAGCAGGAGCACCAGAAGGUGCUGUUUGAGAUGAGGCAGAAAGUUGGCACACUGCAGGCUGAACAAGAAAAGGAACGAACUAGAUUUGAAAAUGCCAGGCAAGAGGUGCUGCUGGAAGAGCAGAAUGAGAGGAGUGCUUUAUCAGAAGCACUGCUCCAAAUUCGUGGAGAGCUCAGCCGAGCCUGCCAGCAGAUCCAGCAGCUCAGGCAGGAGGUGAAAGAGCAGCAAGAGAAGAGGCAGACCAUCAAGGCAGAGCUGCAAGCUGAGCUGCAGGAAGCUCGCAGUGAAUUCCAGGCAGCACAAAAGAGGCACAAGGAGGAGCUACAAGGCAUCAAGGAGGAAAUGAAUCUCCUCCUUGAGCAGAGGGAGGCUCUACAAAAGCAGGUGGGAGAGUUGACAUCUCAGCUGGCAGCCUCCCAAGAGUCCCAGGAAGCGAUCGUCCGGAGAGCACAGAAGGAUGUGAGUGAGGCCCAGGAGCAAUCAAGGCAGAAGCUGUUGGAGGUCAAACACAUCCAGAAGAUGCUGGAGGAGGCAGAAAAUAAGAACAAGAACCUGCAAAUGCUGAUUCUGGCUCUGGAGGAAAAGAACCUGUGCCUCAGAACCCUGGAGGAAAAGAACCUGGCCCUGAACAAUCACGUGUUUCAGUUUCAUUCUGCUCUUCAGCAGGCUCAGCAGCUCUUUUCAAACCGCACAAAACAACUGCAGGAGCUCAACAGCCAGAUCCAGGCCCUGCAGGACACAGUGCUGGAGGUGGAGGCUGCCAAGGCCACUCGAGAGAAGGAGCUGCUGCAGGAGCUGGAAAAGGCCCGGGCAGGAGAACGGUGCUUGAAGGCCUCUGUGCAUGUGCUGGAGACUGAGGUGUCUGACCUGCGUGUGAGCCUCCAAAAAUGUGAUGACAAAGCUCUUGCCUGGGCCAUACAGUCUAACACCUCAGAGCUGGAGCUGAGGAAGGCUCAGGCUCAGGCGAAGAAACUCAAAGCCCGCAACGAGGAGCUGCAGAAUGAGUUGGAGGAAAGCGAGCGAGAUUGGUUGAAUGCAGAACUCAAGCACAAUUCUCGAGAAACUCUCCUGGAGAAAGAGGCCACUAAAACGAAGGAAGAGGCUGAGACACUUCGUCAGGAGGUGGCAUCUCUGCGGAGGAAAUUGGGGAACCUGGAGAAGGAAAGGAAGGAUUUGCUGGUGAGAUUGGCAGAUGCCACAAGGGCAUGA